UGGAGCAGAACAAAAUGACAGAAGAUCUGAUUGAACAAUACAAAUGUGAAAUCCAGGAAAUCAAACUUAAACACCGGAAGCUGCGGAUGAGAUUUGCAAACCAACUUCAGCAACUGACAGAGGAACACAAGAAACUGCACUCUGUCUUUAGUCUAGAGGGACUCCCAGAUCAACUGAAGAGCAGUGAAGAAACAAUAAAUCAGCUGUUGUCAGUUGAACAAAGAAAGUUGGCUCAGUGGCAAGAACUCAGUGAGGAAGUGGAGAAGCUGAAGAAACAGGCGCAGCUGGAGACGGUGGCCCCACAGCCUCAGGACGAGUGAAGGACGUUUGUGAAGACCUGCAGAUAUUUGCUGUACUUAGAGGUAGAUGCUUCGAUCACCAAUAUAUCUGAUCAGAUGGAAAUAUCCAAACUCAAAUGUCAGUUUACAGUUUUCAUUUGCCUGACAGUCACAGA